AUGACAGAAAUGACAGACAUCACAAAUUCGUUGGAUUCAUUACCAGCUACUCCUUCGGAGAUCGCUUGGACUGUCUCCCCCGCAGACACAUCCCUUGAUUCCCCGGAACCGGAGACAAUACCAAAAGAAGAGGAGGGGGACGAGAAGAAGCCCUCCAAAAAGAGAAAGUCAUGGGGUCAAGAACUCCCAGUUCCUAAGACAAAUCUCCCACCACGAAAACGUGCCAAAACAGACGAUGAGAAAGAACAACGAAGAAUUGAGCGAGUGCUCCGGAACCGCGCUGCGGCUCAGACUUCCCGCGAGCGGAAAAGAUUGGAAAUGGAGAAGCUAGAGACGGAGAAGAUCCGCAUGGAGCAACAAAACCAGUUCCUCCUUCAACGACUUACUCAGAUGGAAGCCGAGAAUAACCGCCUGUCACAACAGGUGGCUCAGCUCUCUGCAGAGGUCCGCGGGUCUCGUAGCUCUACUCCCAAGGCGGCAACACCCGCCCUCGAAUCCCCCACUCUUACACCGACCCUGUUCAAGCAGGAAGGGAUAGAACUCCCCAUGGAGCGUAUUCCUUUCCCUACCCCAUCAACCGACUACUCCCCGACGCUCAAGCCUUCCACUCUGGCUGAGGUCUCUGACGUGACACAACAUCCUGCAGCGGUGUUGUGCGACCUGCAGUGUCCGUCUCUGACCUCGAUGGAGCUGGAAGUGCUCUCCCUCUCUUCGACCUGGGACCGAGCCUCGAACCUCCGGUUAACAAUGAUGUUGCCGCUCCUCUUUCUGAUGAUGACUUCCGCCGCCUAUUCAACGGUGAUUCUCCCACUGACUCAAAUCCUUCAUUCCCUGAAGACGGGUUUGCCUUUGACGUUCUCGACGGAGGAGAUCUAUCAGCAUUUCCCUUUGAUUCAUUGGUUGAUUUCGACCCCGAGUCUGUCGCCCUCGAAGGCGUUGACCCGAUCGGUCUUCCGGAUGAGACUACUCACCCGCCUGCUAGCAUGCAGCCCAGCCUUGGCGCGUCCACUUCGAGAUGCGACGGGCAGAGCAUUGCAGCUAGCGGUUAGUGAGCAGAUCCUCUCCCCGCAGACUGUUUUGGCCGACGCCCCGGGUCGAUUGCGCAUGGAGUCGCUAUUGUCUAUGAUCCGGGCGAUUGAUAGUCUAGACCCGUCCCGACGAGGACAUCGGAAAGUUGGCCGGCGACGCAUUUACGGAAAGAUUCAUCGGAGUGGCGUAAGGAGUUCCUGGAGUUCAGACCCUAGCAAGACUCUUACGUCUCUGCUCAUGGGCAAACAUUUAUGA